CAUCGUCUCAGCUCUCCCUGCAUGCACAGCAUAUCUUGAUUACGAGAAAGAAACAUAAACGACAGAGUGCGCUCCUGAUUUUCCUCAGUUAGACCACAGUAUCACAUGUUCUUGUCAACCGUUUACAAAAUAAUUGUUGUUUGGUAACUUUCUGGCUUUUUUUGUGGGAAUUGAAGAAGAAGAAGAAGGGAGAAGACGCCAUUGUUUUGGGUUGUAGUGUCUGUGAAAUGGAUAUCCAAGAGCCAUUGCUGUUAAAUGAAGGUCCGAAAGUUCACACUCUCAGGUCUAAUUUCUUCUCAAAGUUGCCUGAAAAGCUCCGGGGAGGCAUUGAUCCCGAGACCCCUUUUCAUCUCGAUCUCUCAAAAACACCCGGUUUAAUCGAAGGGGAGAGAGAAUACUAUGAAAAACAGCUUGCCACUCUAAGGUCCUUUGAAGAAGUUGAUUCCUUGGAAUCCCCUGGUGAGAUCAAUGAAGAUGAUGACAAGAAGGUACAGGCACAGCAUGAAAGGGCAAUGAAUGUCUCAAAUUGGGCAAACAUCUUUUUGCUUGCUUUUAAGAUUUAUGCCACCGUACAGAGUGGAUCCCUUGCAAUUGCAGCAUCGACUCUGGAUUCUUUGCUCGAUUUGAUGGCUGGGGGUAUCCUGUGGUUCACACAUUUGGCGAUGAAAAAUAUAAACAUCUACAAAUACCCAAUUGGAAAAUUGAGAGUCCAACCAGUUGGAAUUAUCAUAUUUGCAGCAAUCAUGGCCACUCUUGGUUUUCAAGUGCUUGUUCAAGCUGUGGAACAAUUGAUUGCAAAUACGCCCUCGGAUAAAAUGAGUUCAUUACAAUUGGUUUGGUUGUACACAAUCAUGCUGACAGCUACCGGAGUAAAACUUAUUCUCUGGAUGUAUUGCAGAAGUUCGGGAAACAAGAUAGUGCGAGCAUAUGCCGAUGACCACUAUUUCGACGUGGUGACAAAUGUUGUCGGGUUGGUUGCUGCUGUUCUUGGCGAUCGAUUCUAUUGGUGGAUUGAUCCUGCUGGAGCAAUAGCCCUUGCUCUCUAUACAAUUAUCAAUUGGUCAGGCACUGUGUUGGAAAAUGCAGUUUCACUAGUCGGACAGACGGCUCCGCCAGAAGUUCUGCAGAAGCUAACAUAUAUGGUCUUAAGGCACGACCCUCGAAUAAAACGAGUGGAUACCGUCCGAGCCUACACCUUCGGUGUUCUCUACUUCGUUGAGGUUGACAUAGAGCUUCCAGAGGAGUUGCCACUGAAAGAAGCGCAUGCGAUUGGAGAGUCGUUGCAGAUAAAGAUUGAAGAGCUCACAGAAGUGGAGCGUGCGUUUGUUCAUCUCGACUAUGAGUGUGAUCACAAGCCAGAACACUCGGUUUUGAGUAAAAUCCCCGACACUAAACCUUAGAAUUGUGUUGUAUUAUGGUGUGUCAUCAUAUAUGUGUCUGGAGGAGAGACAAAGGGAACUCUCAGGAAAUGAAAAUCAUAGAUUUUGGCUGCUAGAAGUCAGAAACAUUACUGUACCCAUGGUAUGGUCUGUAUGAGUUAUUUCAUACUGGCCUGGGUAGAAAAAUUCCUACUACAUAAUAUCAUGGUGAAUGGUGAUAAUCUAUUGAGGAUUUAGUAUCUAACCAAA